AACUGAGAACCUUAGAUCUCAGCUUCCUAAGAAACUAGGGUGAUAGGUGUGAGCUCCCCCCUCCCCACUGAAGAUAAACUUUUGAUCAUUUCUUCAUAGAACUUUUGUUUUGGGAGCCUUUGGUUAGGGGCCAGCAGUGGAAAAGCAAACAGAAGCCGGUUCCUUUCCUGUUGCUAGGAGCUUAGAAGCUAUUGGAAAAUGCCAAGGUGAACUGUCACAAUAGGAUGCAGUAGUAACAGAGCCCAUGUCAGCCUGACUCCACAGAGGAGGGAGGAGGAUGGCGGAACUAGUUUUAAAGGAUAGGGAGUUCCAGUGGGGUGGGGAAGAAGGCCCACGGCUCAGGGGGAAAUGAGAAGGUAAGGUAUAGUGGUGAGAGAGGACCUUAGGUCCAAUUGGGUGAGAGAGCACUGAGGGAGAAGCAGAGCAGCUUUUUUUUUCUUUAAACUAUUGGAUAAGACAAGGGAGGAGUACGGCAUUAGCUUUGGGGGCAUUUUUUUUUUUUUAAUUUUGGCAUGUGUGGUUUAGAAAGGCCUAGUGUGUCAAACCCCUCAGACCUAAUGGCCUCAGGAGCAAGCUUUGGCAGUAUUUUCUGCUCUGGAUGAACUGCCUUACUCUACCAGAUGAGGGUCAUUUCCUCCUUUGCCUUCCUGCCCAUCUGCCUUGGGUAGUGGCCUUAUGUCCCUUGGGGAACUGUUUCUUGCUGUCAGUAGGGGAGGUGUCUGUAUGAAGAAGGCUCCUGCUCUGCCCUCCGUCGUCGAGUUCAUUUUUCUGCUGUUAACUUCCAGAGCCUACCAGGAGUCUGCUUUGGUCCUAUCCGUGUUUGACCUCUGCUCAGAGGAAAGAAGCAACUAACACAAAGCAGUAAGAACAAGGAUUAUUCAUUGUGGAGCUUGCAGGAUGCCCUUGGCAAAACUGAAGAUGAAUUCCUUCUUUUCACCAGAUAUUCUUCUAUGAGAAGAUUCAUUUCAAGUAGUCUAAUCUUUUUCCUUCCGCUGUACCAGCAUGGCAGGAUUCAAACGAGGGUAUGAUGGAAAGAUUGCCGGAUUGUAUGAUCUGGAUAAAACCUUGGGUCGAGGUCACUUUGCUGUGGUUAAACUCGCAAGGCAUGUCUUCACAGGUGAAAAGGUGGCAGUGAAAGUUAUCGACAAGACCAAACUGGACACUCUUGCCACUGGACAUCUUUUCCAGGAAGUAAGAUGCAUGAAACUUGUACAGCACCCCAACAUUGUACGCCUUUAUGAAGUCAUUGACACCCAAACCAAACUCUAUCUGAUUCUAGAACUUGGUGAUGGAGGAGAUAUGUUUGAUUACAUAAUGAAACAUGAGGAGGGUCUCAACGAAGACUUGGCCAAGAAGUACUUUGCACAAAUAGUUCAUGCUAUAUCUUAUUGCCAUAAACUCCACGUGGUUCACAGAGACUUAAAACCAGAGAAUGUGGUCUUCUUUGAGAAACAAGGUCUUGUAAAGUUGACAGACUUUGGUUUCAGCAACAAAUUUCAGCCAGGAAAGAAGCUCACUACAAGCUGUGGUUCUCUUGCCUAUUCUGCUCCGGAGAUUCUGCUUGGUGAUGAGUAUGACGCCCCCGCGGUGGAUAUAUGGAGUCUGGGAGUGAUCCUUUUCAUGUUGGUGUGUGGCCAGCCACCCUUCCAGGAGGCCAAUGACAGUGAAACACUGACCAUGAUCAUGGACUGCAAGUACACAGUGCCGUCCCAUGUGUCCAAAGAAUGUAAAGACCUGAUCACCCGGAUGCUCCAGAGAGAUCCCAAGAGGAGGGCCUCUCUGGAAGAGAUUGAAAACCAUCCCUGGCUUCAGGGGGUGGACCCUUCGCCAGCCACCAAGUACAACAUCCCUCUGGUGUCCUACAAAAACCUCUCGGAGGAAGAGCACAACAGCAUCAUCCAGCGCAUGGUGCUCGGGGACAUAGCCGACCGGGAUGCCAUCGUGGAAGCCCUGGAAACCAACAGGUAUAACCACAUCACCGCCACUUACUUCCUGCUUGCUGAAAGGAUCUUGAGAGAAAAGCAAGAGAAAGAGAUACAAACCAGAUCUGCCAGCCCUAGCAAUAUCAAGGCCCAGUUUAGGCAGUCGUGGCCAACCAAAAUCGACGUGCCCCAGGACCUGGAAGACGACCUCACGGCCACGCCGCUGUCCCACGCGCCGGUCCCCCAGCCCCCCACGCGGGCCGGGGACGGCGUGCUCAACGGCCACCGGAGCAAAGGCCUGUGCCCAGACCCGGCCAAGAAGGACGAGCUCCCGGAGCUGGCGGGCCCCGCGCUGGCUGCCGCGCCGCCCAGCAGCCUGCAGCCGGUGCCCGGCGGCCGCAAGUGCCUGUUCCGGGUGGAGGAGGACGAAGAGGAGGACGAGGAGGACAAGAAACCCAUGUCCCUGUCCACGCAGGUGGUCCUGCGCCGGAAGCCGUCGGUGACUAACCGACUGACGUCGCGCAAGAGCGCGCCGGUGCUCAACCAGAUCUUCGAGGAGGGCGAGUCGGACGACGAGUUCGACAUGGACGAGAACCUGCCCCCGAAGCUGAGCCGCCUCAAGAUGAACAUCGCGUCGCCCGGCACGGUGCACAAGCGCUACCACCGCCGGAAAAGCCAGGGCCGCGGCUCCAGCUGCAGCAGCUCCGAGACCAGCGACGACGACUCGGAGAGCCGGCGGCGGCUCGACAAAGACGGCGGCUUCGGCUACUCGUGGCACCGCCGGGACAGCAGCGAGGGCCCGCCGGGCAGCGAGGGGGACGGCGGCGGCCAGGGCAAGCCAGGCGCGGGCGGCGCGGGCGCGGACAAGACGAGCCCCGGCGAGCGCGGCGCGGGCGGCGGCGGCCCCGCGGCAGGCGGCACGAGCGGCAACCCCGCGGGCGGCACGGGCUCGGCACGGCGCUGCGCGGGGGCCCCGCCCGCGCCCUCCUCGGCCUCUGCCCCGGCCCCGGCCCCGGCCGCGGCACGCGGGCCCGGCGAGCUGGUGGAGAGCCUCAAGCUGGUAGGGCUGUGCCUGGGCUCGCAGCUGCGCGGCGGCGCGCCCUACCUGCUGGACCCGCGCCGCGGCCUGGCGCUGUCCAGCGUCAAGGUGCAGGAGAAGUCCUCGUGGAAGAUGUGCGUCGGGGGCGCGGGCGGCGCGGGCCGGGCGCCCGCAGGUGGCGGCGCCCUGCGCUUCUUCUCGGAGACCUCGGCCGAGCUGGGCGGCCUGCAGAGCCGCAGCCUGAAGAACAACGUGCUGCAGCUGCCGCUGUGCGAGAAGACCAUCUCCGUGAACAUCCAGCGCAGCCCCAAGGAGGGCCUGCUGUGCGCGCCCAGCCCGGCCAGCUGCUGCCACGUCAUCUGACCGCGACCGCGCAGGCCCCGCCCCGCGCCGCCCCUGCUGCCUGGCCACGUGACGUCCACCCCGCUCCUCGUCCUGGUCCUCGUCCUCGUCCUUGUGCGCGCUGGACGGGAGAGCGCGGCAGCGCGGUUGCGGACUCCUCCGUCCUUCACUCUCCUGACGUGUGACAAUGCAUGGUCUUUGUGCAUGCUGCUAGACAUGUCUUUUCAGCCGAAAAGUCUACUGUGUCCCGUUUUUACCUUAAUUUUAAUGUGGAUGAUGAUCAGGAUUAAAUUUAAAUGUAUAUUCAGAACCUGCUACAACAGGAGCACUUAGCAAUCAGAUGUUCUGCACUUAAACCUAGAUGGGGGGGGGACGGGGGGAGAGAAAUAUAUUUGUUUCCUUGUAAGAAUCCAAAUUCCUGGGUCCCGGCCUCGGGUCACGGCAGCCGUGCUGGGAGGGCAGCGCACAGGUGGGACUGACCAAAGCAAUAACUCUGGACCCCAGGCCGGCGGGGCGGGGCUGGGGCCCCCCCAAGCCAAGCGGCCUGCAGCCCAGGCCCCCGGCGCGCACACGCAUGAGGCCUGUGUUCGCAGCUGCCUUUCCGUGUCCCCCACCUGUGUGUUUCAAGCUGUCGUGUGGAAACGGUUCGGGCUCUUAUUAUCUCACCGGACAAACAAAAGAUUUUCCUGUUUUUGUAAUAGACGAGAUAGAUUUAUAAGGCAGCUUCCCCUGUAGUGAUGACUUCACAGCAGACAAUCUUUUGUAGUGUGACAAAGUGAGUACAUAUCUUAAUCCAACAGAACUCGAUACUGGGUGGGACCCCCCCCGUCCCGCAGGUUUUGUGGGUUCCUGGGUCCAGCACCCGCACCCGCCAGCAGAGCCUACAUCCCUGAAAACCCAGCCACACUCGCUGGAUCUGUGUUUAAGAGUUUGGUAAAUUAGACCUUUUUUUUUUUCCUUCAUUCCAUUCCAAGCUUUUUGCUCAGCUAUGAAAAUUGGCUGAUGAAAACUAUACACGAAAGUAUAGAAUUCAUAUAAACGCACAAAGCCUGCUUUGAACGCUUCCCUCCUCCCCCAAGUGUUCACUUUGCCUUCCUGCCAAACAAUAAAAAGAACUCUUGCUUAUCCAAGCCCUCUACAGAGACCACUUUUGAGCAGAUAAUCCUCGCUUGUGGCAUUUACUCUUGUAGGAGGUGAUGCCUUGCAGAUUGCUAGUUUUGGAAGCAACCAGCUGCAGGUUUUCUCAUGCAGUGCCCUAGGGGUCUUCAAAGCAUGGUUCAGCCACCUUGACGGUAGUACGUGGCCAGGCCCUGGGUGCAACCCUCCCUCCUGGGCCAGAGAGGCCUCGGGCUGAGGGGCUCCUCAUCACGUAAUUCAGAGCAUGAGCAGGGCAACAAAGUCACGUUUCUGCAAGUAUGACCCUGACUCUGCUACUCAUGUAUUUUACUUAGGACUCUUUCGCAGUAUACCUAACUAUACCAAGUUAAAAAAAAUGAUACUGAAAUAUACUUAGUUUUUACUUUCUAGACCUAGGCUAGCUAGACAUGUUUGAAGCUACAGCUCUAGUUCCUUGUGAUGUUUAUAAUCGAACGCUAUGAGAAUAGAUGUGUUGGUGAAGCCAUAGAACAUAUUUGCUUGAAAACUCUUGAGCAGGGAAAUCUUACAAAAGGGCCAGAAAUCAAAGAUGUGUCGGUUCACAUAGAUAAGUGAGCAUAAUAUCUCCUAUUAAACAUAGGAGAGAAAGUUUUACCAAGGGCAUUGGCAAUAAAACUCUUUGUUGCAGCUGUUUUCCAAGCAAUGUACAUACUUUUUUCCUGUGAUUAUGUAGAGCCUUGGAAUGGCACCUUUUUAACUAACCCAUCUGUGUCUGGUUUUCAAUGGUGGUUGUUUUUUUUAUAUAUUCAGAUGUAUAUCUGGUGCUCACUUUAGGAUCAGCAGUGUUGCAUUGCUGCUGCAGAGCUGUAUCAUAGCCUUAUUAGUGGUGUGUGGUUGGGGGCCCUCUGGGCCAGUGGGCGUCUGUCUGGUGUCUCCACUCAUCUGUUGAUAAGUGGAUGACUGGCAUGUGUUGUAUGUCAUAGUGUGUCAUCAAGUAAGAGGGAGGGAGCGAGAGACCAUCGUGUUAAGAGAAUAUUGGACCAAAUGACUUAUUUGCUCUAAAUACUUGUACCCCCUUCACCUGUCUUCAAAAGUUGCAUAGAGUUACAGUAGUGUAUUAAAUAUUGUGUGUAUGUGGGGGGGAACCAGUCUUGUAUUUUUCUGUAUGUGUGUAUAUAUAUGUACAUAUAUAUAAAAAAUUAUGUACUUCUGGCAAUUCUCUGUGUAUUUAAAGAUAUGUGACAAUCUCGACACGGAUUUUACCGAGAGCCGUGAGAAUGAAUUGAAGGCAUCUCUGAGUCAGAGUGGAAGUGUUAAGAGGGUACAGAAUUCUCAGCUGAUUUGGUCAGUUGCUACCAAUUCUGUUUGACUUCUUUUUCCCUCUUUGUGUAAACAUUGGCAGGUAUGUGACAAAUGGGGAAAUAAUCCAAAUAAUAAAGUGACAUAUUGGUGUUCAGCAAUAUAA